AUGGAAGAGCUCAUUUGUCCGUAAUGCCAUAAUAUAUUCAAUGAAUUCGAUAAUAUUCCUUUGAUGCUACCUGAUUGUGGACAUACUAUCUGCUAAAAGUGUAUUCAAUAGAUGUUGAUGAGUGCUGAUGGUUAGCAGAUAUGCUGUCCUGAGGAUAAGUAAUUUUGACAAUGAGAUAUAUAAAGUAUUCUUGCAAAGGGGAAAACACAUAUUACAGAGUUUCCAAAGAAUUGUUAACUUUUAAAAAUGGUAGUGAAGUAAAGACCAUCAAUAGAGCAACCAGAAUAUUAAUUACAUUUAAAUAACUUAGCUUAGGAGAAGAUUGAAUUAUGUACAGAACAUUUGGAGAAACUGGAGAUAGUAUGUUUGACAGAUAAGAUUCGAAUUUGUACUAAAUGUGCUUUAUUUGGUAAUCACAGACAUCAUGAGGUUCGAUCAGUUGAUGAUGUUGUGAGAGAAAUAGCAUCUAAAGCAGAGAAUAUUAUGCAAACUUAUUAGAAAAUCUUAGAUAAAUAAUAAGAGUUGACAGAGUCUAAAUUUUAUGAGCCAUUGAAUGAAAAGUAUUAAAUAAUGUUGUAGGAGAGUCAAAUGACAGUAAGAGAGAAAUUUAAAGAAUUACAUUAAUAAUUGGAUUUAAAAGAGAAUAAGUUAUUGGAGUAAUUGAAUGGAUUAACAUAAACUUUGGAAUAAUAAACUAAAAGAUAGAUCAAGGACUCAAUUUAAUAGAGUUUAUAAUAAGCAGAUUUAUGGAAGAUAGGAGCUAAAGAUAGAUUGCUUUAUUUUUCAACAAAGACUGAAAGUGGUGAAUUACCAUUAGAUUUACUUUAUAAUCAAGAAUUUAAAGGCAAUGCAAUAUUAGAUGAAAUGGAUAGAACACUUAAAAUGUUAGAAUAGAGGAUUAAUAAUGUAAAAAUAAAAAAGAUUAGAGUGGAUUUUAAAAAACAUGAAAUAGAGAAAUGUUUUGAUACUAUGUGUACAUUAACAUUGUAAUUAAAUCAUAAUGAAACUAAUCAUGUAGAAAAUAGUUUCAGUAAAUUUGAUUAAGAAGAACCUUUACUUUUAAGAGAUAAUUCUGUAGCAGAUUGGACAGAUAAUGAUGAAAAUUUAAUUUCUUAGGUUACUCAUGUAGUAUCUAAUUCAAUGCAUGAAUUAAAAUAUACAUCAUAAUCACAACUAUAAUAAACUAAAAGUCCUGUAAGAACAGAACCAGCUAUUCAUAGUAUGUAAUCCAUAACCCCCUUGAAAUAGUUAAAAUAAAAAAGUCCUAGUAAAGAUGUACAUAAUAAUGCUACUUUGUAACCACCUCCUCCUGUAUCUUUAUUGAGAUAAGGGAUAUCUCCUACUCCUAAGUUAUAAGAAAAGAGAAAGAAGACUUUUAAAAUUAAUGAUAAAUUUGAACCCAUCAUGUAGGCAUUUCGAAAUGACAAUUUAGAAAUAGUGGAUUUGUCUAAUGCAGGUAAAAUAUAUUUUUAUUCUUUAAGAAUUGGGAGAUGAGGGUUGCAAUUUUGUUGCUGAGUAAUUGAAAAAUUGUAAGAAAGUGAAAUAGUUGAAAUUAGCCAGGAAUAAAAUUAGUGAUGAUGGUGCCAGUAUAUUAUUAUAGGCUUUGACUUAGAAUGUAAAUAUUACAUCUUUACAUUUAUCAUCCAAUAUGAUUUCAGAAAGAACAUUAGAUGUGAUUCUUAAUUUAAUUAAAACUGGAUAACUACCCAAAAAUAUUUAUUUGUCUUAAACUUUGAUUAAUGCAACUAAAGCAAAAAAAAAGAUUGAAGAAUUAAAGAAAUUGGGAUAUGUAGUGAAUAUUUGA